AUGUCUCUCCUAGAGCAAGAUGAGCCUGAAUACCCAGAAGACAAGAACCCUGAAGUUGUAAAGGCCUAUGAGUUGUUUAGGCAGAAUAAUUCUACAACCAAGCUUCUUGUUUUAAGUUCUAUUGAUAAGACCAUCGUUGAUUCUGUCAAGGAUCUUGCCUUGGCAAAGCAUAUGCUGGAGGAGCUGAAAGAGUUGUACGGUAAGCAGAAUAGAUAUGCCCACCAUCAGCUAGUCUCGCUUCUCCAUAGUACAAAGUUGACCCCAGGGACUCCAGUGAUUGACCAUGUCAUGAAGUUGAAAAUUUUAUUCCAGGAACUGGAGACCUUAGGAACAACUCAUCAGCUGGAAUAUAAGACUGAUGUUAUACUUGACUCUCUUCCUUGGGAUAUCUAUGGAUCUUUUAUUAUCAAUUUUAACAUGAAUAAAAUCUCCGUAGAACUUCUCGAGCUUGGCAAUACAUUAUAA